UUUGAACUUGUGUUUAAUUGUUGGCCCAGAACAGGUUGGCAUCCUGAGCGACUUUGUGGUUUGUUUUUUUGUGGCUACACCAAAAUGGCCGUCCAUUGCACCCGGAAGCAAAAUUGUGCCUCACCGGUUGUCUUCUGGUAUACGUCGAUCCCCUGUUGUAUGGCACUGGCGUCGACUGCUGAUGACGUUGCAUUGCGGAAGUUUUAUCCUAAAGCCGCAAACCAUGCACCGGAGAGGGGUGGGAGCGGGGGCAAUAGCCAAGAAGAAGCUGGCAGAGGUGACGGGUGAAGGGGCGGGACAUAUUGUAGAGCUUGGGGGUUCUCUCUUUAUGUUUUCCUUACUGUGUGUCUGUGGUCCCUGCCUUGUCAUUGGUUCACACUACUAGUCGUUCAAGUCAAUUAAAUUUUGCUUUAUUAUUAUUAUAGUAACUCUUAACAGAAAUGUACUUAUUUUGUUAUUUCCAUAAACUCACUGGCCAUCCAAAUUGUACUUUUAUUUAUUUAUUUUACAAACGAUCUCCCUACCUAACUGGCUUCUUUUUUUAUUCAUUUAACCUCUCUGUUCACAAACACCAGCCCAGACUAUAGUAGAUUUGUACACACGGGGUUUAUUCACUGAAUACUGAAUUGUAGCAUGGUAAAACGCAAAUGGAAAAAAUUAGGUCAAUGUAGGCCAGAUCAGCUAUUUUAGCCUAAAUUGUGGUCUAAGGAUUUCAAUUCACAAUCGUUCAGAAUUUAGUGAAUUAUGAAACCGAGAUAUUUACUAAUUUCAAAUUAUAACAAACUGGAAUAGCAUGAUGUAGGCAAAAAGUAGUCACACUGUAAUUUAUAUCUUAAAUUGAGAAUUUCCCCAAAUUAGCAGGUUUUUGGGUUUUUUUAAUUUAAAUUUUGCAAUUUAGAUUUCAAUUCAAUGCAAUUCAAAGUUUAGUGAAGAAUUCUGAGAGGGUAUUAAAGGAUCACUAUAGUGUCAGGAAAACAAACUCAUUUUCCUGGCACUAUACAACCCUUAGGUCCCCCUCCCUUGGUGCUGAAAGGGUUAAAACCACCUUACUCACUUACUUUAAUCCAGCGCUGGGCUCCCUCGCCGACGUCACCUCCCAAGUGGAACAUAAUGCGCGGCAAGAGCCGCGCGUGAAUUUAAACAGUCCACAAGAAAGCAUUUCUCAAUGCUUUCCUGUAGACGUUCUGCACACUGGAUGCGAACUUCGCAUCUAGCGUCGCAGAAGUGCCUCUAGCAGCUGUCAGUAAGACAGCCACUAGAGGUUGGAUUAACCCUAUGUUUACAUCUGAAGGGUUAAAACCUGGGGGACCUGGCACUCAGACCACUUCAAUGAGCUAAAGUGGUCUAGGUGACUAUAGUGUCCCUUUAAUUUAACCAAAAGAUGCUGAUUACUAUAGUUCCAUCUAGGCUAUUUUUACAGAUGUUUUCCAGUUCAGUUUUCAGUUCCCCUCUGUUUAGUAACCCUUACAGCACAAACUGCUUGCAAACAGAGAAUUGUGGUGAACUCAUAACUGCUGAAUUUUUCCAACUCAUAUUUUUUCCCAAAUUAAACAGUUUCAUCCUAUGUUGGAUUUUUUUUGAAUGUAGGAUUUUAGUGUUGCUUUAAUGAACCUGGUCCAGUCUUCUUACAUUGUAUUUACACCACAGAUGUUUCCACGUUAUCAUGACAGUUUGUAAUUUAGUUAUAAUUGUCAAAUGUACCUAAGCCAUAACUUUUCCCAUAGUUUAUUUGAGAUAAAAUACUUUUUAAAUUUUUUGAAUUCUCUAUUUUUGUUGUGCAUUUGCUUAACAUAGUCGCUUGAAACAGUUUUCUCAGGCUUCAAUACAUAUACCGGUUACACCGUUUUGUUUGGUAUUUUUGUUACAUACUAUGUUGCCAUAUAUUUCAGCGAAGCGCCUACCCACUAUUCUUUUUUCUUCAAUACAUAAAUAAACAUUUGGCAUUCGGAUACAGUGCACAUUUUUUAAUUUAGGUUCAUACGUUACAACAUUCUGCCUGAAGCUAUCGCUAGAUCGCCAUAUUCUCCUGUCUAGAGAAAGUAGUUGUGUGUGUUCAAUAUGCUCUUUACGCCUAGUGUAUGACUUGGGUUCUGAGUAACCAUUCCUCGUCCCAUGUAAGUGGUACUUGGUGUUGGCUGUGGCGAUAAAGAAAGUUGCCACACUUCCAUUGUGGCAAUGUCUAGGGCCCAAUGUCCUAUCGUGUUUGGUGUGGGCAUAGGUAUCUCUGUCCCUAGGUUGCCCUAUGUGCUUCGUUGAUGCUCGUGUGAUCAGAAGCCCAUAACCAAGGAGGUUGCGAGGGUGGGAGGGGACGGGAAGAACACGCUAGCAGCCCUGUUGCUGGCCCUAUCGUGGGAAUGUUUUGCUAUGUAGUGUGUUAUCCGUUAGUGGUUGUGUCGGUGCCUGGGUCUUUGCCGUUAUGGUGGCCAAUCAAGCCAAGGAGAUAUCGUAUGGUUGUGUGCCUUACAGAGGUACCUAGUUUUUGCUAGGUUAGUUGAAGAGAGUUAAAUAAAAGUUAAAACCAAACUAAAACAAAUUAGAACAGCAUUGGCGUCAGUAGUGAGUUUUACCUGUGGGCAGCAAGGCAGUCAUUGGUGUCAGGAGGUGGCUGCGACAGGGGCUCCUCUCCCCCUUGGAACAAAAGGGACUGUCCUGGUGGGGUCCCAUGUAUGGGAGCUGGCGGGCUCAUCCGUAUGUUCAGGUCCUUGUGGGAGCCCAAGUGCCCUGAGGAAGGAGUCCACCUCCUGAGUGGAGUUGAGGUGUAACGUGGCGCCGUUAUGGUCCACCAACAGUGUUUUUAGUGCUGUCCAGGCUUAAGGCAUCUUUGCGUCUUGGAGGUGACGGGUUAUAGGGCGCAAGGUUCUUCUCCAUUGGAGUGUGGAUCUUGUCAGGUCUUGAUUAAAUGUGAGACUCGCUGAUUCAAAGUCCAGUGGUGUUUUGCCUUUUUAGGCAUUUCUGUCUGUUUGGGUAUGGCACCUGACGAUCACGUCCUUGGUUGCUUGGGGGGGUGCCUGUGGUGAUUUGCGGAUAUGGCUUUUUGGCCUGUGCGUGUGGCAAUAUGGUGGCGACAAAGCGUCUGACAUAGUGUGGCAGCACUGCCUGGCUUAUUUCAUCAGGGAUGCCCCUAAUUUUGAGAUAAAAUACUUUUAAUUAUUCAAUAUAAAAAUAAAAAAAAAUUAACCUGGACCCCAUCAUUCUCAGUUAAAAAGUGUAAUCAAACUUUCAAUGCAUUGAUGGGGCCGUUCCCAUUAGGUUAGAAAGAUCCCCGGUAUAUAUCAGACCAUUCUUAAACAAUAUGAUAUUAAACCUAGGCAACAUCACCACAGCAAGCUGUAGUGGAUAUGUUGCUUCGAAUGUCCCUUUACAGAGGUGAUGGCACCUCUGAGAUCCAUGCACAUAUUGCUAACUAACCAAACAUUAGCUGAGGCUUAGGGUUUACUAGGGGGGCAAUUAGAUGUAGUGGAGUCUGGAGAGCAUUUAAAAAACAAAACAAACAACUGCAUUCGGCCAUGACAGUGCCGCUUUAAGUCUAUUUAUUUUACAUACCUCUGUUGCGGGGUGAAUUCCCUCGUUUAUGUGUUCAUGUGGGAAUGCGGAAUAGUCACUUCCAGAGGCUUUAAGGUAAGGUAACAUACUAUGCAUGCAUCUAUUGGGUUCUGUAAAAGAAAAAAUACUUUCAGAGAGUAACUAAACCCUCAUCUUCUUUUUACAUUGGAAAACUGCAGGAAAGGAUUGAUAACUAUCUCGCCUAUCACAAUCACAUGCCAAAUGUGCUUACAUAGGUAUGGGACAUUAUGGAUUAGCUGAAAACUGAUUAUCUAUUUAUUUGUUGCUGCUGUAGCCUUUACUGCCAGGGUUGACAAAUAUGUAGUUCACAGGCAGCCAUUGGUCUGUCAACCCCGAUUUAUUGUCAGCCUAAAAGAAAAUAGUACAGAAUAUUUGUCUGUAGCAAAAUAUAGCUUAUUACAAAGAAAACAUUGUUUGGUUCCACUAAAAUGUUCUCUCUUUUUUAAAUUUUUUUUAGGCCAAGUAUAAGGAGCGGGGAACAGUAUUAGCUGAGGAUCAGUUGGUGCAGGUGAGUACACUUGGCCCAUAUUCUGAUAGAUAUGUAUUACUGAUUCAUUAAAGAUAUGUUGCAAACCAAAUUUAAUAUCAACUUUAAAGGGACACUAUAGGCACCCAGACCACUUUAGCUCAUUGAAGUGGUCUGGGUGCAGUGUCCCUAUUGCACUUAGUGCUGCAAUGUAAAACAUUGAAGUUCCAGAGAAACUGCACUAUUUACAUUGCAGAAUUAAGUCUGCCUCCAAUGGCUGUGUCCCAGACAGCCACUGGAGGCACUUCCUGGCUUCUAACAGAUUUUGGUCCGGUAACUGACGCUGGAUGUCCUCACGCCCUUCAUGAGGACAUCCAGCAUCAGCUAUUUUCCCCAUAGGAAAGCAUUGAUUCAAUGCUUUCCUGUGGGGAGGUCUAAUGCGCGUGCAGCAUUUGUCAUUCAUACGCAUUAGCGCCCACUUGUCAAGGGAGGUGGAGCCACAACCCAGCGCUGAGGUACAUUAACGCAGGGAUCAGGUUAUUAAAUAAAGAGUUUUUAACCCUUUAUUCACGUCAGUGGGAGGGGUGAGGGAGAGAGAGCUAUUGUGCCAGGAAUACAGCUUUGUAUUCCUGGCACUUAUAGUAUUCCUUUAAGAUUAGUCACAUAUAGAUAAUUUAAAUGUUACAACUCAUUCAAAUUGUUUUGUACAUUCAUAUAUUUGUUUCACCAUUACAUUGAUCACAUUGCAUAAUAGAAUAUUUUCCUAUUAAAUCUUGUAAUUGUUUAUCAGAUUCAUAAGGAUUCUCAAGGAUGUGUUUGUUUUUUUGCAGAUGUCAAAGCAGCUGGAAAUGUUCAAAACCAAUCUGGAAGAGUUUGCGAGUAAACACAAGCAAGAGAUUCGCAAAAAUCCCCAGUUCAGAGUGCAGUUCCAAGACAUGUGUGCUACAAUUGGAGUAGACCCAUUGGCAUGUAAGAUACUCGUCAGCUUCCAAAAGAUUUUGUGGCAUAAAAUCUACAUUUCAGAGCUUUCUACCUGGGUUCUAUGUUUACUUUGCAUAUCAAAAUGUCAGCUAAUUCAUAAUAUAAUAUAGAGGUGUAUGGAUAAAAGUCAAAGGAUAAAACAACAUCCCUUGGCAUCACAAUACAUUUAUGAAGACUAGUCACAAAAGUCUGAGUUUUGAUUUAAAGGAUCAGUGUCGGUACGUACCUUUUUUAUUAAUAGAAAGCUACUGAUUGGCUUAGAGUGUCAGCUGACCUCUCUAAGCCAGUGGGCUCCCUCCCCGGUGCUACUCGAGUCUCUUGUCAUCUAAGAUUUCAGAUAGUGGAAGGAUAAGGGACAGAGCAAUCGGCACUGCAACAUGGACAUUUAGAGUGAAACUGUUCAUUAAAAUUAUAGGUGAGUCUGUGCCAGGAACCACCGGACACCAUAACAACAUCACUUUUUAUGAUGUAGUUAUGGGGACUUGAGUGUUCCUUGAAAAAUAAAAUUUUGCAUGAAGUUUAAUCUCAUGGGAUUUACUUGCAAAUUUAAAUAUUCAGUUUGAGCUGUAUCAUGGUAAAAAAAUAAAGGGAAAUUGGGAGCACACCCAAAACACACAUUUGUAAGUGAUGGUGCUGCCUUAAAGACCAAAAUAUAUACAAAAUACAGAUUAGGGAACAGCGCACGCUCAAAAAUAAAACAUAAGGCUGCGUAAAACCACCAUUUUAGCAAACAAAUACAGGUAUUCAGUUACACCAUAUAGCCAUAUUGUGUUAAGCUCACCACUACAUCACAUUACCCCAGUAUCGAUGGAUCCUACACUUAUUUUAACAUGGGAGGUUAUGUUAACUGCAAUACUUGUUGCUUAAACUGCUUCCAGAGGCUCUCCUUAAUUUAUGCAAGAAAGCAAAACUCCAUUAGUGUUAAAAAUGGAGCUUUGUUUGAGUUGCAUUACUAUGUAGCAAAGUUCCUAAUAGUCAAUUUUGCUUCAACUUUUAUGCUGAGAGAUGCUCGCAAUGUAGUUAAUUCACUGAAUGUGAUGGUUAAAUUUGUAAUUUAUUUCACAGCUGGCAAAGGAUUCUGGUCUGAAAUGCUUGGCGUUGGAGACUUUUACUAUGAGCUUGGUGUUCAGAUAGUUGAAGUUUGCCUAGCUCUGAAACACCAAAAUGGCGGUGAGUACCAUAUGGAAUCCUAUGAGUAGCAUGUUUUUAGCAUUUUUUUUCUUUUAAACUAGAAGCUUGUUUACAUUACUACACACUUAAGAGGACAAUGUAGGCACCCAGACCACCUCCCUCGCACCCUACCUUAUUUUGCUAAAAGGGAUUCUAUAGUGCCAACAAAACGGCUUUGUUUUCCUGACACUAUAAAAUACAUUUAAGCAAAAGGAGGUGACAUCUGUGGAAUAAGAAAGAGGAUCUGUGCUGUUAGGAGUUAAGCUGUGUACACACACACUAAUAAGGAAAUCCUUCUGACAUGAGGGGGUGUGGCUAAGGAGAAAGGAUUCUGGUACAGAAUUCUGCAAAUCCCUUUUGUGCCAAAUCUAUAAAGAUUUGAGCAUGGAAAACUUACAGCAUAUUAAUGAGGACAAACCUCAAAGAACACCAUUAUUAAGAAACUCAUCAGUUUAAAAGGGCACCCUAAGCAACAUAAUUUUUACACCUGCCAUGGUGCCAUAUUAAAAUGUUUUAGAAAGAUUUGAUAUAAACCAAGGGACCUCCCAGGGACUGCCACCUUACCAUCCACAUUGAUAAUCCAGAAGGGGUUAUUAUGCACUAUCAAAGUAAAUGUUGCAAGUUAUUCCUGCUCUCUUUGCCAAUCAGUGUCCUGCUCGUUCUUAAACAGAUUAAACUGGGGACUAAAUUAGGUAGCAUAACAACUACAGCUCUCUGUAAAGUUUCUGUUUCUUAUGAUGUCUGUUAAAAACAAAAUUCUAAGGUCUCCGGUAUUGUAACCCAGGGAAAUCAUGAAAUAACAUAUUGUCCUCUCUUUGUCUAGGACUUAUAACUUUGGCAGAGCUUCAUCAGCAAGUUUUGAAGGGAAGAGGAAAGCUUGCUCAGGACGUCAGUCCGUAUGUAUCAAUAAGUUUAAUAAUGGGAAAUAACCCAUUGUUGUUUGAUGGUAUCUUCACUGAUGGAAUGUGUCAUUGCAGGGAUGACAUUAUCAGAGCUAUCAAAAAGCUAAAGGUCCUUGGUAGUGGUUUUGGAAUUAUCCCUGUGGGCGGAUCUUACCUGGUACAGUCUGUCCCUGCAGAACUUAACAUGGAUCACACAGUUGUACUCCAGUUUGCAGAGGUGGGUAAAGCCAAAAGAUAGACAAAUGUCUCUUUUUGUAACUAUUAAGUUCAGCCAUUAAUCCAAAAGAAAGCAAAAGAAAAAAAACCAGUUUGAAGCGCUUUCCAAUUUUGGAACAAACUAGGGGAAAAAAAAAACAUCUUGAUCCCAGAAUGGCAGUCAGAUCUCUCCUUGGAUCAAGAAGCUAUUACCCCAAAAAUUAAAAAUUAUAUCACUGAAUAUUAUGUUUUAGCAAGUAUUCAUCCAGUUGCUGUUUAAACAUCUGUAUAGACUCUGUUAAAACCUCCUCGUAAGGCAGAGAAUUCCAUAUCCUUAUAGUUCUUACUGUAAAAAAAGUUUCCUUUGCUUUAAACUAAAUUUCCUUUUUUUUAAUAUUUAUUCAUUUUUAUUUUUUUAUGAACAUGACCAAAUACAAAUAGAUCCAGUAAUUCAUUACCUAUCGACAUAGUAAAUUCAUAUAGAUCUAGUACAGAGAUAAGUCGAAUUUACAGCAAUGGACUCAUUUCAAACAAAAUAUUAAGCCCUUUGUACCUACUCUAUCUAAAUAAUUAAAGAUAGGGUGUUCAAAUAUAACCUGUUUUGAGUUUAGAAAAUGUUUGAUCCUUAGGUAACAAAAGGUUUUGUUAUAGGGUGUAUUAAACCCGGGAAACUAAUAAAUUUAUUAUCAAAAAGAUCUGCAUAUAUAUUUAUCCCUCGUAAUUUCCAAUUGUAGAGAUCCAGAUCGAUCAUGUCAUAAUGCCGAGUUUCAAAUUGGACUUGUAUAAGAAUCGAUUCUGAAAGAUUAAGUCUAUUUUUCAAAAUUUUUAAAACUUCUAGCAUAUCCAUAAUCAAAGUAUUUAAAUCUUUUGUUUCCUUAAGUCUAAGAUAAUUGGCCAGAAUACAGUAUUUAAAUUGACAUAUGGAUAGUUUUCUUGCUCUAUCUGGAACCAGGCAUUUCUUUGAAUAUUUUGUUUAUUCCAUAUCAUUACAUUCGCGAUUAGGCACCUUUGAUGUAACUUUGCGAUAUCCGGAAAUGAAAUCCCACCUUUAUCAUAAUUGUUUUGUAGGAUCUUCUGAGAAAUUCUUGGACGUUUAUUUGGCCAAAUAAAGUUUGAAAAUAGUCUUUGGAAUUGUAAAAUCCUAUCCUUGCCUAGUCUGAAAGGUAAAGACCUAAAUAAAUAUAGCCAUUUCGGAAUUGAAUAAGCGUUGACUAUAUUUAAACUUCCCAACCACAAGAUUUAAAUUUUACUCCAUUUAUACAAUUGCUUAUCGAUUAAGGUAUAAAUAUCCCUGUAGUUCUUGUGUAUAAUAUCUUGAAUAUUAAAAGGGUAAUUUAAUUCCUAAAUAUUCAGUAUACUCCAAGUUCAAAUUGGACUGAACUUUAGAUUUAAGCGUGGAUAAUUCAACCUCAGAUAAGUUCAAAACCAAAAUUUGAAUUUUCUUUAUAUUUAUUUUAUAGUUUGAAAUUUUCCAAAAUAUUUCAAUCACUUUAAAUCACUUUAAACACCUCUGGAAUAGCAAUUAAGGGUUUCAUCAGGGAUAGAAGCACAUCAUUGGAAAAUAGGGAGAUUUUGUAAUCUCGCUCAAUCCCAUAUAUAUUUUUAUUUUCUCUAUUAAGAAUAGCCAGUGGCUCAAUAGAUCAUACAUAUAAUAAUGGAGCCAAUGGACAGCCCUGCCUCAUACCAUUUUUAUUGAAAAUGAAGGUGAUUCGAAAAAUGGAUUUAUAAUUUUCACAAUGGGGUCAGUAUAUAAUGACAUGAUUUUAUCUUUAAAAGGACCUACAAAACCGAAUUUAUUUAAUACUCUUUCUAAAAAUCUCCACUUGACUCUAUUGAAUGCUUUUUUAGCAUCGAGAGCUAAAAUAACCAUUUCUGAGUUCAUAAGAUUACGCUUAAUUAUCAAAGUAAGUAUUCUACGUAUGGUAUCCGUUGUAUCUUUGUCCCUGAUGAAGCCAGACUGAUCGACUGAUAUUAAAUCGGGAAUAACCAAUUUAAUUCUGUUAGCUAGGAUAUGGGAAUAAAUUUUAAUAUCUAGGUUUAUUAAGGAAAUCAGUCUAUAGUUUAAUGCAUUUGUUGGAUCAUUAUCUAGUUUAGGAAUCGGAAUAAUAGAGGCUAACAGCAUCUCCUUAGGGAAGGGGUUUUUAGAAGAAACUUCAUGGAAUACUUUCAAUAAUAUAGGGACCAAGAUGUCCACAAAUGUUUUAUAGAACCUCGCUGAAAAGCCGUCCGGUCCUGGAGCUUUAUUAGAUUUAAGUUUUUUUUUAUUGAGUUAAUUAUUUCUGUAGUGGUUAUGGGUGCAUUCAAUUUAUUAAGUUUUACUAGAGGUAUCACCGGGAUAGACAAUUUAUUCAAAAAUUCAUCCAUUUCUAAAUUUGAAUUUAAAUCUCCAUUCCACCAGUCUCGAGUCCUAUGUAUAGUCCUGCUUUUUUGUAGCCCACUUCUGCACUUUUUCUAGAGCCAUAAUAUCCUUCUUUAGAACAGAUACCCAAAAUUGUACAGCACAUUCAAGGUGUGGUCUUACCAUUAAUUUAUAAAGAGGCAAAAUUAUAUUUUCAACCCGAGAAUUAAUGCCCCAUUUUAUACAUAACUAAUACCUUACUGGCCUUAGCAACUGCUGAUUCACAUUGCACAUUGUUGCCUAGUUUAUUAUCUAUAACAAUUCCCAAAUCCUUCUCGUGUCUUACCCCUAAUUCACUACCAUUUAGGGUGUAAGUUGCUUGUACAUUCUUUAUCCCAAAGGGCCUAACUUUUUUUUUUUUUUCCUACAUUACAUUUCAUCUCCUAUUUGAGUGCCGGUCCCUGCUCACAUUGUAUUACUUUACAGUUUGGUGUCAUCUGCCAACACUAAAACAUGACUUUCAAGAUCAUUUAUAAAUAUAUUGCGUAGAUGUGGUCCAAGAACAGACUGACAACCCUAAGGGAUACCACCUUUGUCCAGCUUGAAAAUUUACCAUUAAUGACAACUCUAUUUUUAAGCCAAUAUUUUACAGAAAAACAAACAUUUUCAUCUAAACCAAUUUCUUUUAGUUUGAACACUAACCAACUGUGUAGAACUGUAUCAUAUACCUUGGCAAAAUCCAAGUAGAUCACAUCCACUGCAAACCAUGAUCUAUACUUCUACUUACUUAUUCGUAGAAUGCAGUUAAGGUAAUUUGAUAUGAUCUAUGUUUCAUAAAACCAUGCUGAUUUUUAAUAACCCUUCAAAUACUUUCCCAGCCACAGACGUUAAGUUUACAGAUCUAUAAUUUUGAGGCAAAGAUUUCAAACCCUUUUUUUAAUACAGGAACCACAUCUGCCUUCCUCUAAUCCUCUAAUACAAUUCCUGAAAGAAAAGAAUCCUAAAAGAUAAAAAAUCGGCUUUAUUUCCACACUUAGCUCCUUAGUACUCAUGGGUGAAUACCAUCACACCCCAGAGCUUUGUUUACAUUAACUUUAUUUAGUUGCUGCAGCACCUUGUCUCGAGUCAUUCAAUCACAUUUUUUUUUUUUUGCAUAUGACUUGCCAUAGGUUUCUGCUUAAUAUAUACUGAGGAAAAAUAGUUAUUUAGAAUGUCUGCCUUUUCCUGGUCUUCACUAACUAACACACCCAUCUCUGUUUUAAGUCUGUCUACACUUUCAUUAUUUGUUGGGUGUCUUUAUUUCUUUUUAGAAUUUAUGUACAUUUUUGAGAUUUUAUAUUUUCUCUCUUUGGCUAUCACUUUCUCAUUUUUUAGUUUAGCCAAUCUAAUCACCCUUUGCAUGCGUUAUUGACUUCCUUAUAUCUUACAUAGGAUGCCUCUAAUUUGUCUGAUUUAAAUUACCUUUUCUUAUUUUUAAUUUAUUGGUUUACUUUCCCACUAAGCCACACUGGUUGCAAUGUGUUUAUUUGAUAUGUAUUACCAAAUUGUACAAACUGAGAAAUGUACCUUUUUAAUAUUUGUUUAAAGUUUUUUUUGUUUUGUUUUUUAGUAAAGAGUCUAUGCUAUACAAUAUGUUGUAAAACUGCCCUUAUCUUAUUGCUAUUGGCCUUUUUAAAAUUACAUGUUUUAAUAUACCCCAUGUGCUUCUUUUUUCAUUUCAAAAAACACCAUAUUGUGCUCUCUAUUUCCCAAGUGCUCACCUACUUGAAUGCUGCUCAGAAGAUCUACAUUGUUUGUUACAGCCAGAUCCAGACAAGCGUCCUUUUAUAGUUGGUGCUUGUACCAGUUACGACAUGAAGUUGUCAUUUACCAGGUUCAAAACUCUGAUUCCCCUUCCAGAACUACUUGUCCCUCUAUUCCAAUUUAUGUCUGGACAAUUUAAAAUCCCCAAUAAUGACUGUUACGCAGAUGUGCAGCUUUUCCAAUUUGAUCUAAAAGCUGUUGAAUAUCAUCAAUAUCUACAUUAGGUGGUUUAUAACAUAUACCAGUCAAUAAUUUAUUUCCCUUCUUUAGCCCCAUAAAGCUUCCACGUUUCCUCGUCACAUUCCACUUGCUUAAUAGUUGGCUUUAUGGUUGCCAUACAAAAGAUGCUGGUAACGACUAUAUUAUAUGCAUGCUGUAUAUUUACAAAAAUAACAAACAAGAAUUAUACUGAAUGUAUAAUUGUUGAAUCAUUUUUCUAGUCAUCUUGAUUAUUUUACAUUCUUUACUUGGGUGAGUUCUUUUUUGCCUUAAUACUUGAAAUUUUUAUGUGAUAUCUUUUGGUUUUUUUUUUUUAACUAUCUCACAGAAAAAAGGGUAUGUAACAGUAAGUGAGAUAAAAGCAAGUUUGAAUUGGGAGUCCGAGAGAGCCAAGCAUGUAUUGGUAAGUAUAAUCAUCUUAAAACAGCAUGUAUGUAUUUAAAUUAAUAUCCAUUAAGUGUAUGUAUCUGCUAAAUCGUUUUCACCAUAGUCACAAAAAAUUGUCUAGAAUUUUAAACUCAUUUUAUUGCAAACUUCCACAUGUGUAAAUUGACUUUAAAUCUUAACUUGUUGUCUUAAGUCUGCCUGGUGCUGUUCACUGCCUCUACAACUAAAAACUGGUAGGCAGGAGCUCCUAAACUCUAAGCUAAGCCCAGCUUUCUGUCAUAAUUAGUGAAGGCAGGGUGCAUUGUCUGACAUUAUGCAGAUAAUAAAUCAAACCAUUAUUGUGGGGAGUGGUUAAUCCUGGCACCAUAACCACUACAACACACUGUAGUGGUUAUGGUGCUUGUUGUUUUCUUUAACCCCUUAAGGACACAUGACAUGUGUGACAUGUCAUGAUUCCCUUUUAUUCCAGAAGUUUGGUCCUUAAGGGGUUAAAUUGCAAAUGGCGAAUUGCACUAUUUUUUUUUCUACCCAUGAUAAAAAGCUUUUCUAAUGUGUCAAAAUAGAAGCUCUAAGGCAGUAGAUGAAAGCCAUUACCCUGACCUUUAUUCCCACUAAACUUUAAUCAAUCCUCAUUCUAUGUAAAGUUGUAUCCAGACCUAUUUCAUCUUCUAAAUUUAAAGUCCCUCCUCUAAAACUGUAGUAGAACUACCAAAGUGUUACAGUUUUGACAAUAGAAAAUUUUAUUCUGUGGUUUCUUUUAUUUUAUAGCUGAUUUAAGAGCAUUGCCACUGAAAUCUGCACCACCACAUAUCAAAAGUUUAGUGAAAAGACUAGGCCACAGGUGAGACCAAUUUUAGAUACUCCACCCUGAGCCUCAGUGGCCAAUUAACUGCCCCUGAUCUGCCUGCUUGGCUGACAUCACCAGAAGUGAUUAUCUGAGCCAAUCACAAUGCUUCCCCAUAGGAUUGGCUGAAAAAGUCAAGGAGGCAGAUCAAGGGCAGAAACAGCAAAAGCCAAACACAGCCCUGGCUAAUCAGCACCACCUCAUAGAGAUUAAUUGAAUCAAUGCAUCUCUACGAAGAAAGUUCAGUGUCUGCAUGCAGAGGGUGGAGACACUAAAUAGCACUGCUCACUGUGCAGCACUACCCUGGGAAGCACCUCUAGUAGCCAUCUGAGGAGUGGCCAGUGGAGUUAUCACUAGGCUGUAAUGUAAACACUGCAUUUUCCCUGAAAAGACUGUGUUUACUACAAAGCCUGAAGUGAACGAUUCUACUCACCAGAAAAAAUACAAUAAGUUGUAGUUGUUCUGGUGACUAUAGUGUCCCUUUAAGUACACAGUGUGCUUUGAUCUAGUUGGUUCCCACUGUUGCAGGUUAGGAAUUCUUUAGUUCAUAAUGAUUAAUCUUUUCAAUGUUUACGAUCCACAUUUACAAAAUAUAUUGGGAGUCACAAACAAGAACAUUAGUGAAAACAGAACUGGGAAUCCUGCUUAUGAGAGUGCAAACUCCUGCGUAAACUUACAAUAAAUAGUAGAGAAAGUACCGGUAGUUGUAAACUAAGGUAGUCUAGAGUUGGGGGCUUGACAAGUAGGUUAGAUGGCUUGCUAGAGCGAGGAUAGGUAACUGCCAGUUGAGAGAGGCUAAAGAGAUGAGCAGAUGUUUGGUACAUUGGACCAGUGAGAUAGUCAGUGGUGACAGUAGCACAUACAAGCUUUAUUUAAUUUAGUUUUGUUUGUUCUUUCAGUCUGGUGAAGCCCCAAAACUAACUAGGGGCAUUUAGCCUGUAGCUUUAGGAAUACAGAUAUGUAUUCUGAAUGUACCAAUGUCCAUUUAAGGUCAAAAGAGCCAAACUGUAAAGUCCAAACCUGUGUGUCUUAAUUGUAACAAUUACAGGCAGAAUUUGUGCAUGGCAGACUGCCACUAAUACCUAUUUUUCUAUUUUUCACUUAUCUAGGAGCACUUACUGAAGGAAGGUUUGGCAUGGAUAGACUCACAGGCUCCUGGAGAGGCCCAAUAUUGGCUACCUGCCCUCUUUACCGAACUUUACUCUCAACAAAUUUCCCCAGAGGAGACAAAGGGAAUGAUACCCUGAAACCUAACAGUGAGGCCUUUAAAGAAAGACAUCAAUCCUACCUCAGACUCAACUGUCAAAAAAUAAAUCCUCUGAGGGAAAAGAAUAUUCUUUUAUAUUUAGUGAGGGGAAUAAAAUCUGAAAUCCUGAUUCUCUAUGGCAAUCAGAACGAGGGACGUUUUGGAUUUCUUAUAGUUGGUAUAUAUCUGGUCCUCUGCAAAUGCACUCUUUGAGAACAAGUAUGUUUAUUGGAUCCUAUCAUACCAGCUGCAUUUUUUUCCCCACAAUGUUUCCUGCAUUUUUUGGUAACUGAUGAAUAACUAUAUGACUGUCCCUGAAGCAAUAUUGGGGCCACUGUCAGUCUGUAUGGGUCCAGAUUGCAAAGCUCAUGAUUCCCCUUUAAAUUGUAUUUCUUCUACACACUCUUCAUUUACUAGGUUUAUCCUUCUUGAGUUCCAUAAAUCAUUUUUGCUGUAGCACCCACCAUACACUGCUACAAUAAACUGUUCCUAUCCCAUGUUUCCUUGAACAUAAUGUGGAUUUUAGCCUUUCCUCUUUUUCAAAACAGAUCGUGUUACUUAUUUCGUAGAACAAACUAGCUGAAUUAUCUAGGAGUAGCUUCAUGGGUUCCUGAUCACUGUUGCCGAGCUUACUCUAAAGUACUUGUUUGUUUAUAUAAACAGGGACUCUUGCUUUCAUGGUUCAUUUACAAUAAACAAACUUCACACUAUAGCAGUAGCUGUAUUAUGGAAUCACCUGGGAAUAAUACAUCUGAUUCCUAAUCUUUUCAGCCCAAGAGAAACCUGAGGAGACAUUGAUGGAUCCUUUAGUAAUAAAGUCUAGAAGCUAAUUAUAGUUCAACAUGAGAUUAUCCUUCAAUACUCAUUCCAAUUUAUUCCAGCAUAUUUCCAAAAUGUGGUGGGAUCUGCUCCCUUCCCUUGCUUGUCCCAAAAUAGUUUUCUUGUAGAAUUUUAAAGCUUGGUUUCAUUGUUCUCAGAUUGGCAAUAGGUCAACGCCCAUUGCUUCAUACAGGGAGGACAUAUUCAUAGCUAGGCUGCCUUUGACAGACUAUUGCAUCUAUGAAGCCUCCACAAUAUUUGUUCCCCAGUCUUUAAAAUGUGACUUUACAUUAUGUUUACUGCUGUGUCUGCACUUUACCAUUGCGUUUCCAGUUAUAAGGAGAACUAAGAAGCUGGAUUGAGCUAAUUGCAGAAACCACAUAAAAUGUGGGCAGUUCUAGCUACAUCCAUGCAAACAUUUUUAAAAACCAUUUAAAUUAACUUGGUUUAAAAUUCUCUUUUUUUUUUUUUAUGUUACCAGGAAAAAACUACUUUUAAAUGGAAGAAAAAUGUGUGUUAUAGCACAGUUCCGGCUGUGUAUUAAUAAUGCCUCUCUGUACUUGGAAACUAUUAACCUGCGAAUAUCACUGCAAAAUCAGUUGUAAGCUGUUGAGUUUCAUAAAACUUGUUUGUGGCAAAUUCACUUGAAAAGGACUGAGUUCUCAAUACAAACAAUAAAACUAAGCCUAGCAGGGUAUUAAUAGCUUUCGGAAAAUUUCCAAAGGGUGGAAGGAUCCCAGGUGUUACACAGAACAGGUGAUUGUUUACAUUGGCAGAAUCAUGCUUUUCCAAAAUGAAUGGGCUUGCAGUGGUCCCAACAUGUAUGAAUAAAAAUAAGACCAAUUAGAAACUAUGACCUAUUUAUUUAUUUUGCAGUUAAAUGCUAAUUUUCUGAUAAUGAACUACAGAUAUCACAGCUAGCACAUAAAUGUAGGAUAAAAAUGUCAUUAUGAAUGAAUCCUGUUCAGAAAUCUGUUCCCACAGAAAUUAAAUUACAGCUACUCCUCACUUACUGACCGGAUUCCGUUCUUACGACGCGGAAGUAAAAGAAAUUGGUUGGUAAGUGAGGAUACGCAACAGAGCAUGUGCACCAGUGCAGGUCUAUGUUUGGGGAUUACCUGCUGUGCUUGUAUAUGUUGGGGGAAAUUUACCCGAACGUAGACAUACCACAAGAGCAGGGAAUUCCUCUAAUCUAUGUUCGGGAAAAAUUCCCCAAACAUAGACCAGCUCUCUAAUGUGGGGAAUGAAUUGAAUCCCCAUGCUAGAGAGUUGGUCGUAAGUGUGAGCCGUCAUAAAGUGAGGACCACCUGUAAUACAAUUUGAAUUUUUUUAUUUAUUCAUCUUUUCUGAAAUACUGGGGAGAGAAAAAGUAAUAUGACGACAUAUACUGUUUUUAUAGAUAUGAGAUAUUUAUAGAAAAUGCAACAGGAUGCUCAAAAUUCGGAACAAAUGGCCAAUAUAAAUGCAAAAGUAUAGGUAUACACUACUAUACAGGGGGUUGCAAGAUGAAAUUAGACUUUACAAAAAAAAAAAAAAACUGUUCUACAUAGUUACCUAGGCUGAAAAGAGACAUGUGUAUAUCAAGUUCAGACUUUCUCACAUCUGUUUUUGCUGUUGAUCCAAAAGAUGGAAGGAAAGAAAAAAAAGCCUUUGAAGCACUUUCCAGUUUUACAACAAACUAGAGGAAAAAAUCCUUCUUGACCCAAGAAUGGCAGUCAGAUGUAUUUUUGCAUCAAGAUGUUGUUAACCCACACAUUAAAAAUGAU